UAAUUGUUCUGUGAUAUUAUACUGCUCUCUAGUGUUCAAGGAAACAAACAGCAACACGAAGUCAUUGGUUGUAUUCAUAUGAAAAUCAUGAUUACAAGGGGCGACAUCUGCACUGGAGGUGAGUGUAUUCUGUGCUGUGGAGACCAGUUUUCUUAGGAGAAGGUCAUUUCAGGGGAGGGUGCGGGGAACGUGCAGCAUCUCUCUGCGACAACUGCGCCAAAGCCUCCUGCAGUUUGGUGGAAAUAAACCGGACAGAGAAACGCUAAACAAAGUAAAGGGAUAUUCCACUGUGCACUGCCUCACAGCUAAAGCAUACAACAUCCAGACCUGAGGCUUUUAUCACAGUUCCUCGGUUCAGGAUGUCAUCCUCUGAAAAUGCUGCGUCAUGUGAAGUCUGUAAAGCGUCACCUUCAACUUCAGAGCCUGAACCCCUGAGGAUUGUUCUGCUGGGGAGAACAGGAACCGGCAGAAGCUCCUCAGGCAACACCAUCCUGGGCAGGUCCGCUUUCUGGGUGGACGUCUCCCCCUCUUCUGUGACCACACAAUGCAAGAGACAAACGGGGACACUGAAUGGGCGCAGCCUUUCUGUGAUAGACACGCCAGGAUUCUUCCACACACAGCUACGCCCUCAAGAGGUCAUAGCAGAGGUGGGGCGCUGUGUUGCUCUGGCCACUCCGGGACCCCAUGCCUUCUUGGUGACCCUACAGCCAGGCAGGUUCACACAGGAGGAAAAGGACACCCUGGAGUGGAUGAAGGCUACUUUUGGACACAAAGUAGUCAGGUUUACCAUGGUGCUCUUCACUUGGGGAGACCUUCUACUGGGCAAAGACAUCGGGGAUUUCCUGGAGGAGAACCACGAGCUGGUGGAGUUUGUCAGCAGCUGCCAGGGAGGGUUUCAUAUCUUUGACAACAGCGUACAGGACAAGGCAACAGCAUGCACAAAACAGGUUGUGGAGCUACUGAAGAAAGUGGACAAAAUAGUGGCUGACAAUGGAGGUGGUUGCUAUAGCAAUGAGAUGUUUAACAAAGCUGAGAGGGCCAUCAGGGAUGCACAAGAGAUGAUUCUGGAAGAAAGUGGACCAAAGGUGGAAUACCCUCAGAGGCUGACUGAAGGUAAGGAAGAGCCGGGGCCAGAGAGGAGGAGACAGAGGGAAGACGAAGAAGAGAGGAGAAGAGAGGAGGAAGAGGCCAAGAAGAGGGCAGAGAGGCUUUUCUGGUGUGAGCUGGUGACUGCACUGGGAAAAGGUGCUGCAGAGGGGGCAGGGGUCAUGGGGAAGGACAAAGGGAAAGGCAAGGUUGUGAAGAAAGUGAAGGUGGUGGAGAGAGCAGCCGCUCUGGCAGCAUCGCCACUCUGCAUCAGUUCCGCUGCAAAAAUGGUGAGUGGGGCUGUGAGAGAGGGAAGUAAGGUCUUUUACAAGCACCGAAAAACAUUACUGCAUUGAUGAACUGAUGGAAACUUGACUGCACUUUAUUAUGCAAACAGGCAAUUGCGUGGGAAAGGAAAACUCACUCAACACCGUGUAUGUAACGCUAUGAUUCUCUGACACUGAUCAGUUCAUAAGCAUUUUCAUUUGUGUAUGUGUUUGGGGAGUGGAGAGGAAGGCAAACAUCCUGGUAUACGUCUCACCAUGUGGACUGCUAACAAAAAGCAAAACCACACCUUUGAACUGAGUGAAGACACGUUAUAAUUUAAGUAAUGACAUAGAAAUGACUUACCACUCACCUCCCUGUCAGUAACAUUUUCUGAAAGCCUUUUUCAUCAAUCAAAGCUUUUAAAGAAAUUCAGGAUGUUGUAAUGCUAUUUUACAGGAGCCUUUCAGCAGCUUUGGCUCUAUCUAUUGCUUGAGAAAAAGUGCAAACCCUUUCUUUGCCCUCCGAUGACAAAACAUUUCACUACAAAAAACUAUCUUGGAAA